CUUCUAAUUUUGUGAUUGGAUGAUGACCGAUUAAGAUGGUGCACGGAGCAUGCGCGUUGAGCCGAAUGCUGACGGCGGACGCCAUCUCUAACUUGUGCUGAUUACAUACCUACUUGUUGAGAUUUAACAUUAUUUUAUUUUUUAAAUCGUAUAAAUUUGUGAUUCGUGUGUGCUAAUUUAAUGUUUUAAGUAUAUUGGAGUAGGGUUGGCUCAUUGUUGUUUCUAACUGUUCAACGUUCGUUUGGAAUGUUCACCAGUAACGGCGGGUAUCGGUUCGAGGAAGUUAAGAAAUUCAUAUUUCAAAGUUUAUUUAAUCUCAGCUCAUAAUGUGUGAUAAGUGACCUCAAUAAACUCUCUUCGUAUUAUUAUUAUUCCAGUUCCAUAAACAUUCGUCACUAAAAGUUCACAAGUGGAAAGUUAAAUAGCGGGCUUUUGUGGCGUUCUAUACAUAGACAUUUUAAUGUUAUGUAUGAAUUAUUGUUUUGGGUCAAAGACAUUUCAAUGUGUUAACGUGUGUCAACAUUGCGAUCUUUAUGUUAUAUGAGGGUGAGGGAAGUGGUGUUUUUGUUUGGAAAUGUCAUUGAAUUCUGCUCUAAAGCCAGUGCUUCCACAGCCGGGGGUACCGCAAACUGGUAGUCAAUCGAGUCCCGCCAAAGCGAAUGUAGCGAACGCUAACCACGCAGUUGGUCUGCCUCAAGGAGCUCAGAAUUCCGUACAUCAUGCUUCAAAUAAUCUUGUAGGCCAGAAUUUGAUACAGCACAUUCCCAACACUCCACCCCCAGCCGUCCACGCAGUGCCGUCUAUGGCGCCCGUCUCUGCGAACAUGGCACAAAUGGCACAGAAUAUGAGUCACCACGGCAACUUAUCUCAUGUAACACAAAACUCAGUAACUCCAGUCAAUGUGGCAGCAAGUCCUACUAAAAGUGCAACCACAAGUGCUCCAUUGAGCUUAGUGCAAGACAAAGCUUCACCCUCUCAACCUUUAGCAUUAACUAGAACCCCAGAAAAGAAGGAGGUAGAGGCAGGUCUCCCAAAUCAGUCAAAUGGUACAAUUGAGUCUCCAAAAUCAGCGAGCAAUGCAACAGUUCCAUUAAAGCCCCAAAACCCUGAAAACAAAGACAAACAAGAUAUAGCUAAGGCUUCACUAAGUGCCACCAAGCCACCUGAAAAACCUCAGAGUGCCCCAAGCACCCCUCAGAAACAGGAAACUCCUAAUCCAACCAGACAAUCUGAAAGUCCUGCUCAGCCAAGAGUUGCAACUGCUAAUGAAGCCCCAGAGAAGUCUCCAGUAAAGCCUACAGAAUUAAAACCAACACAAACUGGUGAUGUCGCACCAACUCAGAGUGACAGUAAACCUUUGCCAGAGUCUGCACAUAAUGAAAGUCAACAGCAGGAGAAACCCCAAGCACAACCAGUAGUAAUUCAGCUAAAAGAGUCCGUAUCUGAAGGUCCCAAACCAGAAUUUUCCAAAUCUGAAGAGAGUACUGAAAGCAAAGUAGUGAAAGCAAUCUCUGAACCUAAACAAGAUGUAGAAAAAGUAGAACCUCCAAAACAGGAGGAAAGUAAACUUCCAAAAGAAGAAAAAAUUGAAGAAAAGGAAGUCAAAAGUACUCCAUCAAAGGCAGAAGUCAAAGUAAUACCAAAAUCAACUUUGAAAUUGGCAACAGUAACGCCUCCAAUGAGGAAAAGACGGCAGGUUUCUGAUAAACUGGAUGGAGCAACACCAGCAAAGAAGGCAACCGAGGAUUCAACACCUGAAGCAAAAUCAAAGAGAAAUAGAACUCAGGUACAGUUAUAUCAAUCCCCAACACCAGACAUAGCAAUGGCAACAAAGCUAUCAGCGUCUGCUGGAAGAUCGACACCAACGAAACCCAAUGAUGAAAAACUUAUUGUAUUUUACAAGAAUGAAUAUCUGGCAGUCCGCAAUGCUGAAGGUGGAUUCUAUGUGUGCCAAGCAUUGCAUAAUGUGUACAGAACCACACGCAAGAUCAAGAUACGUUGGCUAUCUCAGGACAAGUCUGAUUCAUCUGGGGAGACUUACAAGCCUGAUUUCUAUGAUAUCACAGAUAUGGAGUGUGUGCUGACAACACUAUCACUGACUCGGUCUAGCAGCGGAGGAGGAGCGUGGCUGUUGAAGGCGGGAGAGCAGGCCCGAGCCACCUCCAUCCUGGAGCGAGCAUUACGUGCCGAGCAGAGCGGCACCGACGCCACCCCGCUGACACCAGAGCACCCGGAUGGACUGGAUCUCUCGCUGUACAAGGACGAGUCGCAGCUGGAUAAGAAAUCUCGAAAACGCAACCACUCCAAGGCCUCGCCUGGCGAUGAAGAAAAUUAUGACGACUCCUCGAAAGAGGACACUCCGCCGAAAAAGGCUCGCACUACGCCCAAACGUAGCCCGCGUUCCCCGAAAAAGGGCAAGAAGACGCCGAAACCCGCGACCACUGCAACACCAAAAGGCAAAGGUAGUCCGCCCGUGGCGACGGGCGCGAGCAAGGUAGGCAUAGUCCGACGGAUUUAUAGAAAUACUGCCACCGCGGUGACCGAGAAGGCCAAGAGUGCGCCGGCUAAGCAGACUCCGAGCAAACCCUCACCCAAGGAGACACCGCCCCGUCAGGGCCGUCGAGCGGGGAAAGAAUCGAAGAGCGCGACCCCCAUACCCUCGACGUCGACUGGGAAGGCCACGCGUACUCCGCGGAAGCCCCCCUCCAAGAAAUAAUAACGACUGACCGGCAACGGUCAGCCUUCAUGGCACGGUUUUGUCAAGAUGUUGAUGUGCAUUGUGUAGUAUAGAUUAAAUUGUUGAGCUCUUCCUGUUACCACACGGAAGAAACGCGCAGCCUGUUGGAAUAUCAUGCCAAUUACCUGCAUAUAUGGUUGGGGAAAGACAAUAACAGUGAUUACAUAUAAUUUUUAUUGACGAGAAAAAAUAGACAAAUAAAAUUUUAAAAACAAAAUUUUAUGAACGAUGCAGGAUUCGAACCCACGACUUCCGGCGUUCCGUGCCGGUGCUCUAAAGCACUGAGCUAACCGUUCGAUUACCGCCUCGUUAUAAAAUUAUGUUUGCUUUGUUCAACUCAUGCCUGAAGCCACGAGCAUGAAGCCACAACCUGAGAGUUAAAAUAAUGAGAAAUACAUAUUACAAAAAAGAAUGUGUGUAAUUCAGAAUUCAGUACCUAAGACAAUAUAUUUUUACCUGUCUGAAGUGUGUCACUGACACUAUUGGUUGAAGCGUCUUUCGGGGAUGAUGUCAUCAAGAUGGCGGCCACGCCCACUAGCAAAUUGCAGGGUUUUAUCAUAACCGCUCAAGUUGAGUGCUGGUUGAGACAUGCAACAUAAAAUAUAGAACGAAUCAGGAUAAUUUAAGUUCAAAGACGAACAAUAAAUCAUUUCGUUUAAACACAUUGAUUAAAUUGAACAUCCAUUUUGGCAAAACCGUUAGUAUAAUAAUCUUAAGCUCUGUUUAAUUAUUUGCAUAUUUUUUCCUUGGAAUUAUAAUAAUGACCGGUCCGUUAUGUAUUUGUUGUAACAUAGAUUUAGUUUUUACAUAUUAUGACAUAAUAAUUAUGUAUUUUAAAAGUGCGGUUUCUGUAAAUAAUAGCGAAUGGUGUACGAAACCGACGAAUAGUUUUUAGUUUAAUGCAUUAAGUUUUUUAUUUAUAGCACAAGAUGUGUGGAUACAUGAAGGAAAACAUUAGUGACGCCUAAAAUGCAAAUGUAUUUUUAACUUUUAUUAUUGUAUGUAAGCACAAUGUUUGGCCUAAAUACAAAUUUUAAGAAUAGAUUUAUCAUUGCGUCUAUUAUUAAAAUUUAAUUUGUGUAUUUGCUUACAUGAAACACAUUGAAAAUUAUUAGGUCCUUACAUAUGAAAUUGGCGUUUUGUACGGUCGGAAUAUAAAGUUGUUUUUUUUUUCUAAUAACAUAUUUCAUUAAUCAGAGUAUGUACUUUGCCAUUUUAUAGGUUUCAUUUAUACCUUUAUUAAAACUACGACGUAAGUAAGGACUUAAUAUAUUUUACAAAAGUACUAUAAUAUUAUUAACUUUUCAACAGUAAUGCAGUACAAAACCAUUGAUCGGUAUCAUUACUGUCUUUUUUUAAACCAUAUAUAACAAUGAGUUGGUAAAUGUGUUCUGAUAUUAGGCAUGUUUGUGUUUGAGCACAUUCAUUUUUUAGAGAAGGAUUUUUACUGUUUAAUAUCAAUCACCGCGAUAUUAUAACCAGCUAAGUUGCAACGUAACUUGCUUAGUUUUAUCAUUAAUUAUACAACAGUAUAAUUUUACGUUAAAAAUAUCCAACCCGUUGAAUUCGAGUUAGUUGUUUUGUAUCAAGAAAUUUAAAACCGUUGUUUUAAUAUUUUACAAUUGUAAUUUUUCUUCUAAUAGUAUAAAAUUAAUCUUAGUUCAGUAUAGUU